AAUCAAACUUGCGUUGAGAUGUGUGACGGCUCACUGCUCGUCUCUACUCUACAUAGUCGUAUUAUUCGGUUUAAAAAUUCACUUUCUCUUUUUGUGUUAUGUGACUCUCAAAAAGUUCCCUUAAUAUGUUGUGAGCAGUCUUAUUGGAUUCUAAUUAUUGUUUCGUGAGACCUUUCAUGUCAUAGAAAGAAAUCUGAAAUGGCAUAUAAAAAUUGUUGUGUAGUGUUUAUAAUUUUCGCUUUAGCGAUAGUCCAAGUGGUUGGUUACGACACGGAACUGUACGAUUCGACGCCCUGCGACAGCAAUGUGUGCUUCGAAGAGCUCCACGGGGCCCUGGGCGACUGUUCUUGUAAUGUAGACACGAUAGACUACUUUAAUAACGUCAAAAUAUUUCCCCGCAUACAGAGCUUGGUACGCAAGGACUAUUUUCGCUUCUACAAGGUAAAUUUGAAGAAAGAAUGCCCUUUUUGGGCAGACGACAGCCGAUGUGCCAUGAAGUACUGUCAUAUCAAAACUUGUACAAAGGAAAGUGUACCUGGGUACGAAAACGGGUAUGAAAAUGAGAUCUUAGAUGAAACACCAGCUAGCAAAUACUCUAAAGAGGCUCAAUCUAACUGCAACUCUGAUUCUGAUCAUGACCCGGACCUGGGUUACUUGAAUAUGACUAUUAGUGCAGCCAGUCAGUAUGAAAUAGCAAAGUGGAAAGCCCAUGACGAUGCUCUUGAGAACUUCUGUGAAUGCGACGACAAAGAUGCCGAGGCGGAGUAUGUGGACUUGUCUCUGAAUCCUGAACGAUACACAGGAUACAAGGGCCCCUCAGCACACAGAAUUUGGAGGAGCAUAUAUCAGGAAAAUUGCUUCCGCCCUAAGGCUAAUCCUUAUGAAUCAUUCCCAUAUGUUUUGAGUACAGAUUUGAGUAAUAUGUGCUUAGAGGAAAGGGUGUUUUAUAGAGCAGUUUCAGGCAUGCAUACCAGCAUUAACAUUCAUUUGUGCUCCAAGUACCUCCUGGCUGAAAAAGCAGUUAGUUUUGUUGCUUCCCCGGAAGGUGAAUGGGGACCGAACCUUGAAGAAUUCCAGCGUCGCUUUGAUCCCUCGCAGACACUAGGCGAAAGUCCUAAUUGGCUGAAAAAUCUAUAUUUUGUUUAUUUAUUAGAAAUGAGAGCUUUAGCUAAAGCGGGUCCGUACUUAGAAAGAGAAGAAUAUUAUACAGGCAAUCCCACGGAAGACGAGGAGACUAGAGAAGCUAUAAGUAAUAUGCUCGGUGUAAUCUACAGCUUCCCGGACCAUUUCAACGAGUCUUCAAUGUUCAACGGAGGCAGCCAGGCUGCUAAACUGAAAGUCGAAUUCCGCGAGCACUUCCGUAACAUAUCAAGGAUCAUGGAUUGUGUGGGGUGUGAUAAAUGUAAGCUGUGGGGGAAGUUACAGACCCAGGGGCUCGGCACAGCCUUGAAGAUCCUAUUCUCAGGCAAAUGGGAUGGUCCGGAAGAUGACCCGGAGCAGGGCAGGUUGCCGCUGCGGCAUAAAGCUCAUGAAAGGUUGCAGAGAACAGAGAUUGUGGCAUUAUUCAAUGCCUUUGCCAGACUUUCUAACAGUAUUAGAGAAUUGGAAAACUUCCGGAACAUGCUCAGCUCGCAUAAAGAGACACCGAAGCAAAAUAUAUUUGGCGGCGCUAGAGAUUCCAGUGACAAGAGUAAGGUGAAGGAACAUUGCGUUUCCAGCGGGGCGAAGCCGCAAAUUUGGAGCUAAAUAGAAUGUCAAUUUCUUGUGUAAAUGUACAUAGAUUACGAUUUUUUUGUAAUAUUGGCGUAAGAAAAGUGAGUCAUGAUCUCAUGAUGUACGGGUAAUUGAUAAUGUACCUACGCGCAGGUUUAAAUACCAGUCUACAGAUAAGAUUUCUUAAUACGAUAGUGAUUUGAAGUACAAUUUAUGUUAAGUGACUUAUUUCUCAAA